CAGUUGCCAUAACAGCUGGUAGAUGCCACUUUUGAAUGAGUUGCUGACACUUGUAAACUACAAGCCAAUUAUCAGUGAAAACGUUUACUAGCUAGAGCUGAAGUUUCUAAUUGUGUCUGAACGAUGGCAGAAGAACUGUAUACUUUCUCAAGUCGCCCCAGAGUUGUCGAGAACGGCUUGAAAUACGAGAAGCCUCCACAUAAACGGACCCAACGCAGUUAUGGAAACAUUACAUAUGAUCGUCCUGUUGUCAGAGGAAAUACCUAUGCCCAGCACAUCAACCCCACCACAGCUCAGCUAGACCCUGCUGAGAUACAAAGACAACAGGCGAUAAGAAAGAAAGCCAUUGCUCGAAAACAAACUAGGGAGCAGUUCAGAUCCAGGACUCCUGAAGCUGUGGUGGGCAGAAAACACAUUGAUGUACAAACAGAUUUGUACCUUGAAGAACUGAGUGAUAUCAUUGUAACUAAGGACAUUGCGUGUGAGACUGAUGCAUUCUUGGACAAGCCAGCAACUCCACUCUUCAUACCUGCCAAGUCUGGAAAAGAUGCCGAGACACAGAUAGAGGAGGGAGACUUAUUUGACUUUGACAGGGAGGUGCAGCCGAUCUUGGAGGUCCUGGUGGGUAAGACUAUUGAACAGUCCCUGCUGGAAGUGAUGGAGGAAGAGGAGCUGGCCUGUCUGAAGGCCCAACAGAGGGCCUACAGAGAGCUCAGAAAUAACGAGUUGGCAGAGGUGCAGCGGCUUCAGGAGCAGAAAAAUCGCCACGAUGAGGAGAAAAAGCGUAGAAUUGCCCAGCAGAGGGAGGUACUGAAGAUACAGAGGGAGACUGCAGAGAAGAUUGCAGUCCGGGCAUUCACCCAGGAAUACUUAUCCGGCAUCGUGCCCGCAGUCUUCACCUCACUGAGAACCCAGGGCUACUUUAAUGACCCUGUGGAGACAGAUAUUAAGACUAAUUUCUUUCCAUGGCUCAUGGAUGAGGUUCACAAAAAUUUGGAGAAGAGAUACAUAGCAAGACAAGUGCUGGACACCAUCAUCCAUGAUGUCGUCAAGAAAAGACUGGAGAAGUUGGAAGAGUUGGAGACACAGUCAAACGGAUCUGAGUCGUAAAGACAUUCAAAGUACACAAAUGUGCAGCUCAGCAAUAAACUAUUUUUCAUUUGCAA